ACCGCUGCGAACCAAAUCGGAAGAAGAAGAGGGUGGAAGAUCUUUGGUGAACGAACCAGAGAUGCAGAUGCAAUUGUCCGACUCCCAUAAUCAUUGUUGCCGGAGUCUGCCAUUCGCGAGGAGUUGUUGGAGAACUGAGUGAACGACGGGGAGAGAGAGAUUGACGACUGUGUGAGGGGUGAGAAACAAAUGAUGAAAACCAUAACAGUAAGGUUGAGAAAAGAAAGCCAAGCGAAACUUGUUUAUCGUCAAACCAAACCACGAAGGAAGUUUCAUCGUGUCUGAUCAGAAAAGCUUCUCUCUUUGUCUUUGGAAUCGUUUUCAAAGAGGUGGAAUGGCAAAGAGCUACUUCAAGCAAGAACAUGAUCUUGUAUGUUCUGUUUUAUCUUCAGAGAAGCGACGAGCGGAGGCCGCAAGGAUUAGAGACAAGUACCCUGACAGAAUCCCGGUGAUUGUGGAGAAGGCGGAGAGAAGUGAUAUUCCAAUUAUUGAUAAGAAAAAGUACCUUGUCCCGGCUGACCUAACUGUGGGACAAUUUGUUUAUGUGAUUCGGAAAAGGAUUAAACUAAGUGCAGAAAAGGCAAUCUUUAUCUUUGUGGACAAUGUUCUCCCACCUACUGGUGCAAUUAUGUCUGCCAUUUAUGAAGAAAAGAAGGAUGAAGAUGGAUUUCUUUAUGUCACUUAUAGUGGAGAGAACACUUUUGGUUACUAAGAUCCUACUUAACUCUGGUUCACGGAGCUUAUUCUAUUUGACUUCCGCAACCACCAUCUUAUUUCCCUCUGCUAAUGCUUUACUUUUCCUUCUAUAUCUGAAACACCUUGCUGGUAAUAUUGUGUACAGUUUUGUGUAUAUAUAACUACAAGUAUUUCCUUAAUGGUAAAUAUGGUGGUUUUUUAUCA